AUGAGCAGUCCCAUCACCGGCCGUCAGCGCGGUACUGCCUCCAAAGCGCCCCGGAAAACACCUCGCAACCCCACCGACAUUAGUCGCAGUGAGAAAGAGAAGCGUCCGCGCGCGUUUAGCGGCGCUACCCCACGAGCAAACACUCACAAGCGCUCGCGAUCUGGAGCGUCUUCUGCCCUCGCCGACGAAGACGGCGAUGACGAUUACGGCUUCGAUUCAGAGCAUGACGGCAAAGUCAAGAAAGGUCGCGCGAGGUUCGAUCAAAACGGUUUCUUUCCUGAAGGUGACAAGAGCAUGCGUUACUUUGGGCCUGGAUUCACGGACCUAUACUCGCCAUCCUUCAUCGCGAAGAAUCGUCAGCACUUUCUCCAAGGUCUGGACUGUCUCUUCGGUAUGGACGCACGUACCUGGGCAAAGGACUGGAGAAAAAAGAAAGGAGUGACAAAGCCUGUCAAAGGAGCUCCACCGCCUGCACCGCAGCCUAUCAUCCACACGACCAGUCACUACACAUUCACACCCGGUGUCAACCGACACACGGGCUUCGACAUCGCCAAGAUACCCUACGCGCUUAUCGAUUGCGCCGAGGGUGUUCAUCCUUGCAAUUUCCCCCAGGGUCUUGACCGCGGUCCCUUUACCGAAGCCCUCAUUCAAGCUCAGCUCAUGAUUUACUCGAAGCUUAUGCUGGCUGAUCUAGAUGCGUUCAUUGCGUAUUGGCUUAUCGAUCGAAAUCUUCAGGCCGGUUACAGCGAUGCGGGGUUCCUGAAGAGGCAUGUGGCGUUGCAUGAGGAAUAUCGGGCUAUGGUCAGGAAGGAUGUAGAGAGUCAUGGCUAUAGGUGGGAGGACUGA